CCCCCUCUUAAGUACGCUCGCCGCCGCUGCCUCCUCGUGCAGCGCCUUCUCGCAACCUCCUCCUCCUCCUCUCUCUCUCUCUCGGCGCACCGCUGGUGGCGCUGUACUGGUCGGGAGCUGCUUUCCUCUGGUGCGAUCUGCAGAAAUUGCUUCUAGGUUUCUUGCUUGGACAUCUCUGCAAUUGUAUUGGUAAAGAUGGCUUGUUGCUUUAUGUUUGGAAAGAGGGAACAAACUGUUGAAGGCGAUGAUGGUGAACAUAGAGUGAAAGUCUUUUCUUACAACGACUUGAGAAAGGCUACGCAAGAUUUCAGUGGCGCAAAUAAGAUUGGCGAGGGUGGUUUUGGUUCUGUGUUCAGGGGAGUGCUUAAAGAUGGGACAGCAGUUGCGGUGAAGGUUUUAUCAGCUACUUCAAGGCAAGGUGUCCGGGAGUUCCUGACUGAACUUACAGCAAUUUCUGACAUCAAACAUGAAAAUCUCGUCACCCUUAUCGGUUGCUGCGCUGAAGGAUCUAACAGAAUCCUUGUUUACAAUUACCUUGAGAACAAUAGCCUUUCACAGACAUUGCUAGGAUCAAGAUAUAGUAACAUUCGGUUCAAUUGGCGGGCUCGCGUUAAAAUAGCUGUGGGUGUAGCCCGUGGACUUGCAUUUCUUCAUGAGGAAAUCCGUCCCCCCAUUAUCCACAGGGACAUAAAGGCGAGCAACAUUCUUCUUGACAAGGACCUCACCCCAAAAAUUUCUGAUUUCGGUUUGGCGAGGCUCCUACCACCCAAUGCAACUCAUGUGAGCACCCGAGUUGCAGGCACAUUAGGGUACUUGGCUCCUGAAUAUGCUAUCCGAGGUCAAGUGACAAGGAAGUCCGACAUCUAUAGUUUCGGAGUUCUUCUGUUGGAAAUUGUUAGUGGCAGAUGCAACACCAACACAAGAUUACCCAGUGAAGAUAAAUUUCUCCUUGAGAAGACAUGGGCACUCUAUGAAGAAGGACGUUUAGAUGAGAUUAUAGAUAUCGACAUCGGAGAUGACCUGGACGUCGAGGAGGCAUGCCGGUUCUUGAAGAUUGGUCUGAUAUGCACGCAAGAUGCAAUGGCACGCCGUCCCAACAUGACCAAUGUUGUCCGGAUGCUCACAGGGGAGAAGGGAGUCGCCAUACAUAAGAUCACUAGGCCUGCUAUGAUCACCGACUUUGCAGAUCUCAAGAUCAGCAACAAAGAGCAAAGAUCAAGCGAGACGCGCUCUACCACGAAAUCGUUCAGCACCACAGAACCAUUCUCGUCGUCAGAGACACCCACACAGUCAUCUCUGUGAAGAUGUGGACGUAGCUUGCUGCUUCUUUGUAUGCUGUCAAUAUCUUGAAACGAAGAUGAUCAAGAUGAGCUUUACAAAUGCUGCAACUUCAGUGCAACAUAUGUUCUUGAUGGUCCGGACGAGUUCAUCCUGUACGGCUCGGAUAUAUUUUUCUCCGAGCAUAUGUAGGACAGCUGCUUAUCUUUGCAUGAUUAGGUUGUACUUUCUGAAUAAUUGGUCAAACAAGUGCGAGCAAAAGAAAAACAGCCAAAUUCUAGUCUAGUUUCUAAAGGUGUCGAUGCCGGCAGGAAGAAUGCAGGAAGGUGGUGUCCAAAUGCUGCACAUCUCACCAGUACAGGAAUGGUCAGGUUGCCCUGAGUUUUUGCA